CCCAAGCAAGGCCGCCUGGGAUCUCUCGCAGCCGCCGCCGCACUCCAGCUGCAAACCGAGGCUCGCCGCCGGGAGUUUCUCGCCAAAGCAUGGAGGAGGCUGACACCAAAGAGCUGCAGGUCGGCUCCUGGCUGCCCGUCCUCGUGGAGCAAAUGGUCAACGAUACCCUGGUGGUCACCUUGAGCUGCGGGGAGAGGCGCUUCACCGGGAUCCUCCUGGAUUGCACUAAAAAGUCUGGACUGUUUUGUGUCCCACCAGCUUCCUUACCAAAGACAGAGGAUCCUCUUAACAAAAGUUGCACUAAUGGGAAAGCUGAAGAGAGGCCACCCAUAGACCUGGGGGCUGACCAGUGGUGUUCAGGAGGAAAACCCACCAAGGCCAACAGAGAGGAGCAAGUCCCACCCCUCUUGCCUCCACCGCCAACCGGCAGCGUUCCUCCUUACCCUCCCUAUUUUGAAGGAGCCCCCUUCCCCCCUCCAUUAUGGCUACGGCACACGUAUAAUCAGUGGGUGCCUCAGCCACCUCCGAAAACCAUAAAAAGGACAAAGAGGCGCUUGUCCCGGAACAGAGACCCCGGGAGGCUCAUCAUGAGCACCAUUCGGCUGAGGCCCAGGCAGGUGCUUUGUGAGAAAUGCAAGAACACCCUGAAUCCAGAGGAGGGUAUCAAAGCCCACCAAAAUGCAAAAGCCCAGAGGAAGCUGAGCAUCCAAGAUAAGGAGCAGAAAAGACACAGCGAAUCUGAAUAUAUCGAGAGAAAAAGCAAGAGAGAAAGGCGGGAGGAUGAAAAGUUUUCCCGGGAACAGCUGCAAAGGACUCCAGUUAUAAAAAUAUCUUACAGCACCCCUCAGGGAAAAGGUGAAGUUGUGAAAAUCCCCUCCCGCAUUCAUGGUUCCGGGAAGCCAUUUUGCCCUCAGCGACUUCUCCAGAAUGGUGGGGACGACCAAGAUGAGGCCCAAGACUCAGAACAAGGUCAGGAAAGCAAGUGUUUUAUGGACAAGCAAUCCGGUGGGCCCCAUGCUUCCAUUCCAAAGCUAAAGUUAACUAGGCCCGUCCAUUCCAGUGCAGAAGUGCCCCCGCCCAAAAUCCGUCUGAAGCCCCACCGGCUCAGCGAGGGGGAUAAUGUUUCCAUUUACAAAGCCGAACUUAUCGAUGAGAUGAAUGUUCUUCCCAGCAGUGGGGAGCCCGUUGCUGGUGGUGCGGCGGCAGCUGCUUUCUACAGAGAUUCUGCAGAACGGAGCCUAGCUGAGAUGUCCUCAGGGAGCUCCUGUGAGGAUGACGACUUCAAAAGGUUUCCUCAAGGCAAAGAUGGACACGAUAACCUGGCUUUUCUCAUGAAUUACCGCAAACGGAAAGCAGACUCUUCCAGCUUAUCCAUGUGCAGCAAUGAUAGCCUCGAUGAAUCUAAAUCUUCCAGCUCAGAAAUGGCAUCGCCAGAAAUAUGUGACUUUUUACCUGGGGAUGACGGCUCUGUCUCCUCAUCUUCUAAAGAUGACCGUAAAAUUGUGCCCCCACUGACCGUUAGAUUACACACCCAAAGUGUCUCCAAAUGUGUGACUGAAGAUGGAAGGACUGUUUCAGUUGGCGACGUUGUCUGGGGCAAAAUCCAUGGCUUUCCUUGGUGGCCCGCCCGUGUUCUUGACAUAAAUCUUGGCCAAAAGGAAAAUGGAGACCCUUCCUGGCAGGAAGCAAAAGUUUCAUGGUUUGGUUCUCCAACAACUUCUUUCUUGUCGCUAUCAAAACUGUCCCCUUUUUCUGAAUAUUUCAAACUACGAUUUAACCGUAAGAAGAAAGGGAUGUAUCGGAAAGCUAUUACGGAAGCUGCGAAGGCCGUGGAACAUUUGACUCCAGAAAUAAGAGACCUCUUAACACAAUUUGAAACAUAACUUUGUCUUCAAAAACAAGUAAGUUAUGGAAGUGCAUAACCCCUUUGUAAUUUGGUUUAGAGAUACAUGUAUUGGUUUGCUUUUGAAGGUUCAAUAGAAUGCCCCUAUUUCAGGGGUGCACACGCUAGAGGUAAACUAUUUAAUACUCUCUCAAACACCCCAGUGUAACUACUGAAAAUCAUAAGGAUUGUUCCUAAUCCCUAAACAAAAACCUAUCCAGAAGCUUCAGUGUUUGAAAUACAGCCACGUUGAUGUAAUCCUUCAUAUUUUUGUAAAAAUAAUAAUAAUGGAACCGAUAUUUAUUGAGGAUCUUGUUUAAAUGUCUUAUCAGCGCUAUAUUUUGUCUUUUUUCUUCAUCUUGUUUUUUUCCCAUCAAAGUGAACAG